CAUGCCCGAGAGCCCCGCCGCGCCCCCGCCGCCCCCGCCAGAUGGAGACGGAACCGGAGACGGAACCGAGGCCCCCGCGGAGCCGCUCCCCGCCGCGAGCACCCCCCCGCCGGAGGUGGAGGAGGAAGAUGAGGAUGAAGAUUUCCAGUUCCUGCGGUGCGAGGGCUGCGGGCAGGACUCGGCGCAGCCGCGGCUGCUGAGCUGCCUGCACACGCUGUGCCCCGGCUGCCUGAGCGACACCAAGCAGUGCCCGCUGUGCCAGGCGGCCGCGGGUGCGCCCAUCAUGGACAACCUGCUCUUCUCCAACCUGCGGAGCCGCCUGCAGGUCUGGAGGCAGAUCCGGAGCUCCGGAGGGCCCGGCUGCAGCCGCUGCAAGGGCGAGGCGGCGCUGGUGUGGUGCUCGGACUGCGAGGAGUUCUUCUGUGCCAGGUGCUUCGAGGAGCACCAGUGGUGGCACAAGAAGAAGGCGCACAGGGUCAGGAAGGUGGAGGAGCUGCGGGCGGGCUCGGCGCGGCAGUUCCUGGAGGACACCAAAACCUCCUGCAGCCUCUUCUGCUCCAGCGCCAGCCACCCCGAGGAGAGCCGCGUGUGCAGCAUCUACUGCCCUCGCUGCGAGCGGGCUCUGUGCUGUCCGUGCGCGCUGCUGGACACCCGCCACGCUCCUUUCCGCGACCUCCGCACCGAGAGCCGCCGGCGCCAGGACGAGCUGCGCUCCCUCCGCCGGGACCUGCGACGGCUCCGCGGCGGCUUCGAGGCGGCUCUGGCGCGGCUGCGGAGCGAGGCCUCCCGGCGAGAGGAACAGCGGGAGCGGCUGCGGGAGCGCGUCCGUGCCAGCGCCGAGCGCCUGGAGCAGCUGGUGCGGAAGGAGGCGGAGGAGCUGCGGGCGCUGCUGGAGGCGCGGCCGGAGCGCGGCCGGAGCGGGCUGGCGGAGGAGCUGAGCGGCGCCGAGGGGGCCCUGCUGCGGCUGGAGGCGGCCGAGAGGCUGGUGGAGAGGCUGGGGCGCUACGGCGGCGAGCAGGAGCUGAUGGACAUGCAGCCCUUCGUCAAGGGCGCGCUGCUGCAGCUGCAGCGGCUGCGGCCGCCCCAGCCCCCGGAGCUGCGCGAACCCCCGGACUUCGCCGAGUGCCGGGCGCGGCUGCGGGCGCUGGUGGAGCGGGUCACGGGGCGCCCUGAUGUCCCUGAGGUCGAGGUGGCCCUGGAGGACAACCUGGAGGAGGAUCCAAUCCAUCCCAAAAUCCAGAGCGUCUCCAGCCUUGAGGAGAUCCACAUGGACCAGGUGAGGCCCAUCACACCCAGGUGGGAUCCAGGCGUUCCCUCCCCAAUCCCAAUCCUACUUUUCCAGCCUCUUCCACACUCCUGGAACAAGCGGCCUCUUCCCUGCAUGGAGAGGGGCAGCCAGAUGUCUCCCAAAAUCCUGAAGCUGGAAUGUGACCAGGAGCCAGGCCCCAGCCAUCCCAAAUCCCACUGGGAAUUCCAGACAGAGCCCGGCCCCUCCACGUCGCGGCACAACUGCGUCCGCACUGGUGACGCAGAGAGCAGCAGCAUCAUCAUCUGCAGCUCGGACGACAGCGACGAGGACACCGUGGUGGUGACGGUGACGCCGGAGCCACCUCCAUGCUGAUGCCCCAGGGAAUCAUCCAGUCUCAUCCCAGAAUCCCCCUUCCAAGAUUUCCACUUGGAGUUUUGUCUUUUUGGCCAAUCCCAGAUCUAUUCUUGGACUGAGCUUCCGGUCUUCCGGAGUGGCCCUGAAUCCUGCUGGAUCUGCUGAGAUUUCCCCUUCAAGGCUUCGAGGUUCCUUUGGGAAUUAUGUUCUCCCCUUAAAUCCCAAUCAGGUUGAUCCCAAAAUAAAACUGGAUAUGGGAUUUGGGAUCUGUGCCAGCAGAUCCCAUUCCUAAGC